GGGACGCUCCGGACGCCGUUGCUCGAGCGCGCCGCGCAGGGGCUUCUGGUCCCGCCGUUGUGUCGCCAUGGUUACGGGAGAAGCGGUUGGUAGCGGUUGAGGCGGAGGGAAGCGGAGCUUAAAAUGCGACCACCAUAUGGAGAGACUGGUCCAGAGAAGGGAAUCAAGGAGGAAUUUAAUGAGCAAGAUAUGACAGAGGAGUCUCCAAGUGAUUGCAGAAAUGGAGAUAUCCAGACAAACAAUGAAAACAGUCUUGUAAAAACAGAACUACAGUCCCAACCACAAGAUGUAGAGCCAGAGCCUGAAGAGGGAAUCAAAGAUGAUGUGAAUGUACAAAGGAAGUCAGAAGAGAUUUUGAAUGAUUACAGCACUGGAGAUACCAUGAUAGCUGUAAAAACAGAUACUAAAUCUGAAGAGAAAACAGUGUACACUGUAUCCAAAACAUAUCAACAGGAUGAGCAGCAGUCAGGUGGUGAUCAUAAACCAGUGACCAAUUCAUCCAGUCACGAGGCAGAAGAAAACAAAGGUUGCCUUCGAAUGACAAAAAAGCUCCUGCGAGACAUCUGCAAACAGCAAAAAUUAUAUGUGACCCCAUGUUUGAAUGACACACUAUAUUUACAUUAUAAAGGAUUUGACCGCCUUGAGAAUCUUGAAGAGUAUACAGGAUUAAAGUGUCUAUGGCUUGAAUGCAAUGGCUUAACAAAAAUUGAGAACCUGGAGGCUCAGACAGAGUUGCGCUGCCUGUACUUGCACCUCAAUUUAAUUAAUAAAAUUGAAAACCUGGAACCUCUGCAAAAGCUGGAUUCGCUCAACCUCAGUAACAAUUAUAUCAAGAUAAUUGAAAACCUCUCUUGUCUGAGCGUUCUGCACACUCUGCAGAUUGCUCACAAUAAGUUACAAACAGUGGAAGACAUACAGCACUUGCAGGAGUGCCCAACUAUCUGUGUCCUUGACCUUUCUCACAACAAGUUAGAUGAUCCAAAUAUUCUAAAUGUCCUGGAGACCAUGCCUGAUUUGCGUGUGCUGAAUUUGAUGGGAAAUGAAGUGAUUAAGAAAAUUCCUAAUUAUAGAAGGACACUUACUAUUCGACUAAAACAGUUAACAUACCUGGAUGAUAGGCCAGUUUUUCCAAAGGACAGAGCCUGUGCAGAAGCUUGGGCCAUGGGGGGACGCGAAGCAGAGAAGAGUGAAAGGGAAAAAUGGGAGAACAGAGAGAGAAGGAAGAUCCAAGACAGCAUUGAUGGGCUAACAGCGAUCCGGCGAAAAGCUGAAGAGAAGAAAAGACAAAGGGAAAAGGAAGAAAGAGAUAUACUUAGAAAGUGUGAAAAUGGAGGCACAACAGAGGCCCAGGAAGGAGAGGUUCCACCCACAAGUUACAGCAGCGAUGUGACUAACAAUACUUCAGGUAUUUCAAAUGCUUCUGAAGAGACAGAAACUCAGAAGAUUAAGAAAUUUGUAAAUGAAAGCAUGGAGGCCCAUGAUGAAGUUUUAGCUGAAAUAUCAAGUAAAGAAGAUCUGGAUAGCCUGCAUACUAACGUUACCGGUAACAUUCAGAAGGAUGUGCAAGAAGCUAAUUCUCACAAAUGCCCAAAUUUCAGUACUAAUGAAGAAGAGAUACUAGUAGGGAAUAUGGCUACCGAAGGUGCCCUGGUUACUGAACUGGAUGAGUCUGCAGAAACAGAGCAAAUUAAACUGGAGAUACCAGAGAAGCUUUUCAUUGAUGAACUGCCUGAUUUAGAAGAUGUGGAUGUUAGUGAAUUCUCACCAAUAGAGGGAAACUCAAUCAGAAAGCAAGCAUGUCAUCCAAAGAUUGAAAUCAUUUCUGAAGUGAGUGAUGACAAGGACUGUGCAUCAGAGGAAAACAAAACCUUAUUUGGGAACUCAGUAACAGAAGAGAUCCCAACAGCCAUCUUUUCAAAUACAUGUAAGGUACCUGAAGACAGUCAAAGGGAAACCACAAGACUCCUUGUAGAAGGCUUAGCAGAGCCUUGGAGUCCAGAGAGAGACUUAGAGAUCAAAGUUAAACAAGUCAAACCUUUGAAACCAUUGAUACAAGAGAUUGUUGCUGAACCAAUAGAUGAUAUACUGACAUCAGCAGCCUACAAUAAAGUGGAUGAGCUAACCCCAGAGGAAUUGGACAACAAAGACAGUCACAUUAAACCAUCCUGCCCUGAGAAUAGCACUGAGGACAAAAAGGUGCAGUGCCUGGCAGAAAAUGGAGGAUCCCCUCAGAAACCACAGGACGAUAACGAGGACAUCGAGUAUGGAUUAGAUUAAGUGAUGAAUAAAAAUGGACCAAAUCUGGAACUCACCAUCCAGCCCACUAUUUAUGGUUACUAUCAAAAUACCCAGAAUAACUAUGGGUCCCUCAGUAAAACACCUGAAAUUACACUUCGGGUGAUGGCAUUCAUAAAAUGACUGCCUUAAUACAAGAACUUUGUGUUCUAUCACAAAGUCAGCCAGUCAUAGCCAACAUAAUAGUAUAGCUCUCAGAAGCACUACAUUAAAGUGCAGCAUUUCUGUGAAUGAUGCAGACAAAACUGUGCCACACUGCUAUGCAGAAGAGAGGGGCUAAUUGCCAGCUAACCCACAGCUACCAAGUGCUUUAUGGUCUGAUUUUCAAAGGUGCUGAGCACCUGUAGCUCCCAUUGCAGUCAAUCACUUGUGAGCACUCAGCACCUUUAAAAAUCAGGUCAGUAACGUUUAAAGGUUGAAUUGAGGUUUCUUUUGAGAAGUUAUUUCUCAUGUCUUUCAAAAAAUAGGGAAGUUAAAUGUUUAUAACUUAGUAUUUCAUUUAUUUCUGUAGUUUUAAUCUGCUUUGUUACAGUUAUUUUUAUUUGGUCUAAAGAAAAUUCUGUUAUUACGGUGCUGCAUUGUUAAUGUGUACAAUUUCCAUGUGUGUAUAUUCCAGCAAAUACUUACCAAACAUGCUCACUGAAAAUAAAGUUAGUUUGCUUCUUAGUAAGAUAUGUUAAGACUGUAAAGCUCAGAUAUUCAUAGUUAUAUGCAGAAAGUGUACAGAAACACUGUGUUCAUGCAUGCAAAU